UCACCUUUGGAUAAUGUUGUAAAGCGUCUAUAUGAAAGUAAUCCAUCUGGUGCAGCUGAACCCCCUACACUGCCAAAUAAUACUAAAAUUGUCGAUUCCCCUAAACUAUCUUCAAACGUAUCUUCCAAAAGCAUGUCUAUUAGUUCAGUCUCAAAUAAUAGGUGUGCAGAUUUCGUAUUUGGGCAUAAUGUUUCGGAACGAGUCACAAAUACUUCAACCACAACGGGAAGCCGCGAUACUUCUAGAGACCUCCCAAGCGAAUCACCAGAGCCAAACGUCCGCACAUUGUCCCCGGAAAGCGAAGAACCUUCAGAUCCUUCCGAGAUCGGUGAACACUACUCUAUUCUCCCUAGUAAACAAACUUUAGAAGAAUCCGCAGCUGCUGUCGCCUCUGAAAUGCUUGAAAUAUCUACUUAUUUGCUAGCCAAUCUGCCAGAAUCGCCUAUCCUCACUGGGGAAGAAGGAGAGUACCUUACUUUGAAGGCAUAUUGCCAUUUCUACUGCUUUGAUCGUCACAAACAUGAGUGGGUCGGACGAGGGCAGGCCUAUAUACAUCUAAAUGACGUAGCGAUGAAGCCUUCGUCUGUUGCCAGUCAGAUGUCUCCUUUUCCGUUUGGACCACCUGCCCGUUCUCGUUUAGUGAUUCGUACUUGUCAAACACUGAAACUCUUAGCAAAUGUUCCUGUUUGGUCAGGUUUAAAUGUUACGAUGGCUGAUGAACGUUCAAUUCGACUCACGACAGUUUGUCAUCCAUCAGAGAAAAUCUCAUGUCCAACCAAUUCUGCUGCAUUAAAACCGGAGUUUUGUGCUUACUUACUUGUGAUGCAUUCACACAAAGAAGUAGAUAGACUUUUUCAGGCUCUUAGUUCACGUAUAACCACUUUUAAUAGUCGUUUGAACUCAGAGCUUACUGGUCUUCAGGAAACUAAUAGCGCGUCAAACAGUCCUGGAGAUUUUCCUGUCAUCCAUUCCCGUAAGAAUGCUAAUCCAGAAGAGGGUGAUGAUUCUUCUUUUAUCGGUAAAGGUGACGAAAGAACACAAAGCACUAAAUCAGAAACUGACGACUUACCCACAAAUGUAGACAGUGAAUCUUCGAUUCUUACACCAUCUACAGAUUAA